AAUGGAGGCUGUGCGGGGGCUGAGCUGCCGCACGCGGCGCGGGGCAUGGGUCGGCGCCCCUAAGCCAAUAAGCUUGGGGGGCGUGGCAUCCCCUCCCCCGGUGGGCGGGACUGGAGGAGCCUGUGGAGUCGGUGCGGUCCCAGUUAGGAGGAAAUUUGGACUCUGGUGCGCGCUGAGCAGUACUGGCUGUGAUCAAACUUCUCAACCCUCAGAGACCUAGAUCUCCCACCUUAAAACGUCCGCCAGGCCUCCAGGCCCCCUCGUACAUCCGUGGUGGCCUCUUCGCCUUCCCUGUUUUCCUGUCCUCCUCAUGGCCUAAACAUGAGCGGUCCCCUAGAAGGGGCUGAUGGGGGAGGGGACCCCAGGCCCGGGGAAUCCUUUUGUCCUGGAGGGGUCCCAUCCCCAGGGCCCCCACAGCACUGGCCUUGCCCGGGCCCCAGCCCGGCGGAUGACACUGAUGCCAACAGCAAUGGCUCAAGCGGCAAUGAGUCCAAUGGGCACGAGUCCAGGGGUGCAUCUCAGCGGAGCUCACAUAGUUCCUCCUCUGGCAAUGGCAAGGACUCAGCCCUUCUGGAGACCACCGAGAGCAGCAAGAGCACAAACUCUCAGAGCCCGUCCCCACCCAGCAGUUCCAUUGCCUACAGCCUCCUAAGUGCCAGCUCGGAGCAGGACAACCCGUCCACCAGUGGCUGCAGCAGUGAGCAGUCAGCCCGGGCAAGGACCCAGAAGGAACUCAUGACAGCACUUCGGGAGCUCAAGCUUCGACUGCCGCCAGAGCGCCGGGGCAAGGGCCGCUCUGGGACCCUGGCCACGCUACAGUAUGCACUGGCCUGUGUCAAGCAGGUGCAGGCCAACCAGGAAUACUACCAGCAGUGGAGCCUGGAGGAGGGUGAGCCUUGUGCCAUGGACAUGUCCACCUACACGCUGGAGGAGCUGGAGCACAUAACAUCUGAGUACACGCUUCGCAACCAGGAUACCUUCUCGGUGGCUGUCUCCUUCCUGACAGGCCGAAUUGUCUACAUUUCGGAGCAAGCAGGUGUCCUACUGCGUUGCAAGCGGGAUGUGUUCCGGGGUGCCCGCUUCUCAGAGCUCCUGGCUCCCCAGGAUGUGGGUGUCUUCUAUGGUUCCACGGCCCCAUCUCGCCUGCCCACCUGGGGCACUGGGACCUUGGCAGGUUCAGGCCUCAAGGACUUCACCCAGGAGAAGUCUGUCUUCUGCCGUAUCAGAGGAGGUCCUGACCGGGAUCCAGGGCCUCGGUACCAGCCAUUCCGCCUAACCCCAUAUGUGACCAAGAUCCGCGUCUCAGAUGGGGACCCCGCUCAGCCAUGCUGCCUGCUCAUCGCAGAGCGCAUCCACUCCGGUUACGAAGCUCCCCGGAUCCCCCCCGAUAAGAGGAUCUUCACCACACGACACACACCCAGCUGCCUCUUCCAGGAUGUGGAUGAAAGGGCUGCCCCGCUGCUGGGCUAUCUGCCCCAGGACCUCCUGGGGGCCCCAGUGCUCCUGUUCCUGCAUCCCGAGGACCGACCCCUCAUGUUGGCCAUCCACAAGAAGAUCCUGCAGCUGGCAGGCCAGCCCUUUGACCACUCUCCUAUCCGCUUCUGCGCCCGUAACGGGGAGUAUGUGACUAUGGACACCAGCUGGGCUGGGUUUGUACACCCCUGGAGCCGCAAGGUGGCCUUCGUGUUGGGUCGACACAAAGUACGCACGGCACCCCUGAAUGAGGAUGUGUUCACGCCCCCAGCCCCCAGCCCAGCUCCGUCCCUGGACACUGAUAUCCAGGAGCUGUCAGAGCAGAUCCACCGGCUGCUGUUGCAGCCUGUGCAUAGCCCCAGCCCCACAGGGCUCUGUGGAGUUGGCCCUGUGACAUCCCCAGGUCCUCUGCACAGCCCUGGCUCCUCCAGUGAUAGCAAUGGGGGCGAUGCUGAGGGACCUGGGCCUCCCGCCCCGGUGACUUUCCAGCAGAUCUGUAAGGAUGUGCAUCUGGUCAAGCACCAGGGGCAGCAGCUUUUUAUUGAGUCUCGGGCCCGGCCCCCAUCUCGGCCCCGCCUCGCUGCAACAGGCAUGUUCAAGACCAAGGCUCUUCCCUGCCAGUCCCCAGACCCGGAACCAGAGAUGGCUCCUGCUCCAAUCCAGGCCCCGCUAGCCUUGGUCCCUGAGGAGGCCGAGAGGAAAGAAGCCUCCAGCUGCUCCUACCAGCAGAUCAACUGCCUGGACAGCAUCCUCAGGUACCUGGAGAGCUGCAACAUCCCCAGCACGACCAAACGUAAAUGUGCCUCCUCCUCCUCCUACACAGCAUCCUCUGCCUCUGACGAUGACAAGCAGAGGACAGGUCCAGUGUCUGUGGGGACCAAGAAAGAUCCUUCGUCGGAAGUGCUGUCUGGGGAGGGGGCCACUCCUCAGAAGGAGCCGGUGGUGGGAGGCACCCUGAGCCCGCUCGCCCUGGCCAAUAAGGCAGAGAGCGUGGUGUCCGUCACCAGUCAGUGUAGCUUCAGCUCCACCAUCGUCCAUGUGGGAGACAAGAAGCCCCCGGAGUCGGACAUCAUCAUGAUGGAGGACCUGCCUGGCCUAGCCCCAGGCCCGGCCCCUAGCCCGGCCCCCAGCCCCACAGUAGCCCCUGACCCAGCCCCAGAUGCCUACCGUCCAGUGGGCCUGACCAAGGCCGUGCUGUCCCUGCACACACAGAAGGAAGAGCAAGCCUUCCUCAGCCGCUUCCGAGACCUUGGCAGGCUGCGUGGACUCGACAGCUCUUCCACGGCCCCCUCCGCCCCUGGCGAGCGAGGCUGCCACCAUGGCCCCGCACCCCCCGGCCGCCGACACUACUGCCGAUCCAAAGCCAAGCGCUCACGCCACCACCAGACCCCCCGGGCCGAAGCCCCCUGCUAUGUCUCCCACCCAUCACCCGUGCCACCCUCUGCCGCCUGGCCCCACCCACCAGCCACUACCCCCUUCCCAGCCGUGGUCCAACCCUACCCCUUCCCAGUAUUCUCUCCUCCAGGAAGCCCCCAGCCUCUUCCCCCUGCCCCCACUUCUGUGCCCCCUGCCACUUUCCCUGCCCCCCUGGUGACCCCAAUGGUGGCCUUGGUGCUCCCUAACUAUCUGUUCCCUGCCCCAUCCAGCUAUCCCUAUGGGGCACCCCAGACCCCGACUGAGGGGCCUCUCACCCCUGCUUCCCACUCCCCUUCCCCAUCCCUGCCACCUCUGCCCCCAAGCCCUCCCCACCGCCCGGACUCUCCACUGUUCAACUCAAGAUGCAGCUCUCCGCUGCAGCUCAACCUGCUGCAGCUCGAGGAGCCCCCCCGUGCUGAGGGGAGCACUGUUGCAGGGGGCCCUGGGAGCAGUGCUGGGCCCCCACCUCCCAGUGAGGAGGCUGCUGAGCCAGAGACCAGACUGGUGGAGGUAACCGAGUCCUCUAAUCAGGACGCACUUUCCGGCUCCAGUGACCUGCUGGAACUGCUGCUGCAAGAGGACUCGCGCUCUGGCACAGGCUCUGCAGCCUCAGGCUCCCUGGGCUCUGGCUUGGGCUCUGGGUCUGGUUCAGGCUCCCACGAGGGGGGCAGCACCUCAGCCAGCAUCACUCGCAGUAGUCAGAGCAGCCACACAAGCAAGUACUUCGGCAGCGUCGACUCUUCUGAGGCUGAGGCUGGGGCUGCUCAGGCCAGGGCUGAGCCCGGGGACCAGGUCAUUAAGUACGUGCUCCAGGAUCCCAUCUGGCUGCUCAUGGCCAACGCUGACCAGCAUGUCAUGAUGACUUACCAGGUGCCCUCCAGGGACGUGACCUCUGUGCUAAAGCAGGACCGGGAGCGGCUCCGGGCCAUGCAGAAACAGCAGCCACGGUUCUCAGAGGACCAGCGUCGGGAACUGGGUGCUGUGCACUCCUGGGUCCGGAAGGGCCAGCUGCCUCGGGCCCUUGAUGUCAUGGCCUGUGUGGACUGUGGUAGCAGUGCCCAAGACCCUGGCCACCCUGAUGACCCACUCUUCUCAGAGCUGGAUGGACUGGGGCUGGAGCCCAUGGAGGAGGGUGGAGGCGAGGGGGGCGGUGGUGGUGGUGGUGGUGAGGGUGAGGGCCUCAAGGAGGCCCAAACCCAAGCUGGGGCCAAGGUCUCAAGCUCUCAGGACUUGGCCAUGGAGGAGGAGGAACAAGGUGGGAGCUCGUCUAGUCCAGCCUUACCUACCACAGAAAAUGGCACCAGCUAGACUCCAUUUUGGGACCACCUCCGGGAGUCCAUGAGAGGCUUCCUUCUCCUACGUCCCAAUUCUCAGAACUCAGAUGUGGCUAGACCAAUCAAUAGGAUACUGCCCAGCUUCUCCCACCGAAGGGGGCCGGACCCCCAUCACCAGCCCAGGAUCCAGGGGGCUGCCUCUGAUCUCUUAGGGAACAGAGGAUGGAACUCCUCAGCCCAGCCCAGCCCCACCCUUGGUGAGGAGUCCUUCCCUCCCAUGGACAAAGUUGCUGACAAGCUGCUGAAGUGGUCUCUCCAAAUCUCAGCUGAGCCUGAGUCUGGCCCUGAAGGUUGGGGCUGCACUUAUUUAUUGGAGGAGACAGCUCUCUCUCCCACCUCCUCCCCAGAUGGGAGGAGAGCCUGAGGCCCAAGGAGUACAAACCCCUAGCUGCUCCAGGGUGGGGGAGGUUGGUGGACCAUGGAGUCCCUGGUGCUGCCCCUCAGGUGGGACCCAGGCGUUCUCAGCUGUACCCUCUACCAGUGGCAUUUGUGUUUUUGAUAUUGUGUCUGUUAUUACUUUUUUAAUACAAAAAGAAAAAAAGCCCA